AUGGAGGCAUGUGAACAGUCAUGUCUUUGCAGACCUGAAAAUGCAGAAGGUUUUACCGAAGACUUGAAGAAAUCAAACAUAAUUUUUGUACUCGGUGGCCCAGGUUCUGGCAAAGGAACCCAGUGUGAGAAAUUAGCACAAAAGUAUGGAUUCACACAUCUGUCCAUAGAAGAUCUGGUCCAAAAUGAAACAGCAUCUGAAAGGAGUAAGAACAUCAGAGAUAUAACAGAGAGUGGUGAAUUCAUAUCAGGGGAUAUUGUCAUGGAGUUCCUAAAAGAAGCUAUACUUGCCAAUAUGGAAAACUCAAAGGGAUUCUUGAUUGAUGGUUAUCCCCAAGAGAUGCAGCAGGGAGAACAGUUUGAGAAUCAGAUCGGAGAGCCAUCCCUGGUCCUCUGCAUGGAUUGUUCUUCUAAGACAAUGAGCAGUCGUCUUCUGAAAAGAAGUCAGUGCCUUGAGGAUAAUGCUGAAACUAUCACGAAACGUAUUGAAGCUUACUAUAAAACAGCUGAGCUGCUGAUUGCAUAUUAUGAAAACAGAAUUCCACUCUUUAAGAUAAAUGCAGAAGGAACACCAGAGGAAGUUUUCCUUGAGAUAUGCACUUCAGUCAGUGCUUUUCUGAAAAAGGAAUAGCAUCACUCUUUCAACACAGUGUAAUGGCAGUGCUCUCUCUCACGCACACAUACAUACAGCGUCCAUUACAAAUGCUGUUCAAAGCAAUAGCUGCUGCCUUGAAAGAUUAAUGCAUGUUGUAAACAUUGUAAAAAUCUUUGUAACUUAAAUGGUACAGUAAUGACACGUGUCCUGUAUACGGCCUAUGAUAACAGUUUGCAGUUCACAGGUUAAAAAAAAAGCAGCAUGAUAAACAGCAGCUGUUUUAUAGAACACGUCUUGCAUUUCACUACUACAAGACGUACUAUACAGUCAAGCACAGCAGUCCCAGUCGUAGAAGUUAUGUAACAGUGAAUUUGCUGCUCAACGCAAUUCAAUUUUGAGGCUAUUUAAGCUUGCUCUUUCUUUAUAGUGCUUGAACAGUCUGUUUUCUGUCAUUUUCUUUUAUUGGGGGAACAUGUCUGCAAUUCGGUUUGCAAUCAUUUACACGCAAAAUAGCGGACAUUGGGACAGCCUCACAAAAAGCAGCAUAAGCAAUAUGCAGUACAUGAACCAAAUGUGAAAUAAUUAACUCUGAUUGCAGGACCAGCUGUUAUGUUGAUACGACCACCCAUAUAAGUGUCCUAUGUAGUUAGGGCUCAAAUGAUCUUUCAGUUAAAAUGCUAAUAUAGGGAUAUUGUAUGCAGGAAAAAAAAAAGGAGUGCCAAAUAUUGCUGAUGUGCUUAAGAUGUGUAAAGACAGAACUAAUAGUGGCAGCAUCUUUGAGUAUAAGAAAUACAGAGAUAAUUAGCAGGUAUUUCAAAAGACUACAGGCGGUAAUUGUCUAUAUACAUUGGUUACUCUACAUCUGACAGAUAAAUUGUCAAACUCAGUUUUAAAUCCUUUUAAUUUAUUGCUUGGCAUUUAACAUGACAGGUUAAACAUGUGGAAUGUAAGUUUAAAACUUGAAUGAGCAGUGCUAGUAAGUCCUGUAGAAAGUAGUAGUUUCCACACACUCUUCACUCACACACACACACACACACACACACACACACACACACACGGCUGACAUACUGAGGUUUUUCGGAAUGCUGAUCAGCAGACAAAAGAAUCUUUGUAAUCUGGGGAAGAAACUGCAUCCUUCUCUUGGGCUGUCCACU